AAAACAUCUAAAAUGUAUCUGAGAACAUUUAUUCAAUUACUAAUGAUUGCAUUGAUUCUUGGCGAAGAGAAUCUACCUAAUAAGGAUCUACCCGAUAAGGAUCUACCCGAGAAGGAUCUACCCGAUAAAGAUCUACCCGAGAAGGAACUACCCAAUAAGGAUCUACCCGAGAAGGAUCUUGUGCAACCCCGAAUUUUUGGAGGAAGACCAACUACUCAAGGGGAAUUGGGAGGCUUCGCUGUGCAGAUCUUCCGAGAGAAUCAGUUGACAUGCACUGGAAAUUUGUUGAGCGAACGUCACAUUCUCACGGCAGCUCAUUGUCUCGAUGAUGCGAACUAUGGAGACUUUCAUGUGGUCGCUGGCGAAACAGAUGUGCAAAAUUAUUUCUAUAGAGAUAGAAACUAUUUGCGUGGCGUUGCGAUACAUCCCGAUUACGAUAAAUACAACUUUAUUGCUGAUAUUGCGGUGUUAAGUGCUCAAGCUCCUAUGAGAGGAAGGGGCAUUGGAUACAUACCGCUAUGCAAGGGGGAUCUAUCUGCUGGGAGUAUGGUUACCGUGGCUGGCUGGGGAAAAAACGAUGCAUAUGAUAAUACACUGCGUUCAAUUAGGGUUCCUAUCGUAUCCAAGUCGGAGUGCAAUGGAAUGCUCGGCAGAAGGAUGCCCAUGAAUGUGAUCUGUGCCGCCGGCUAUAAUGGAAAAACAAUGUGCCAUGGCGACUCUGGCGGUCCACUGAUCUUCAAUGAUCAACUGUGCGGUAUUAAUAUUUGGACAUAUGAAUGUGGCAACUACGUAAAGCCCGAUGUCUUUAUGAGCGUCUACUACUAUAAAAACUUUAUAUAUAGUGCCAUGAGUGAAUUGGGAGAUUAGGUGGACUUUAUAAAGGCCCUCAAAGGUAUAAGAAAUGUCUGGAAAUUUCUGUAAAAAUGACAUGAAAAUUUCAACAAUUAUAUCUAACAAGGUUUUUGGUCAAUUUGAGCACUUUUAAAAUUAUAAAAUUCAUCUAAUAAAAGCAGUAUACAGUUAAAAAUA